AAGAAUCGGCUAUCGACAGCACUCCGCUAUGGAACUUCCCCUGCCAAAGUUAUCUUUUUCGUGGUCUCACAGAACUUUACGAAUUCAAGCCAUGAAGAAUUUCCCACAAAUCCCACAAAUUCAGAUGGUCCUGAGGGCAACCCAGGUUGCGUGGCGAGAUGUUCAAAAUGUCGGCGGCGCGUGUUCAUCGGCGGUGAGCAUGCCGCCUGUACGGUGAAGACGUGGACCGUACGAAUCAGCUUGUCGUCUCUUUGAUGCCCACCGGCAGCAGCUCACCUUGCUGGUGCCAGGGCACGUACCUUUGCCAGCAGGACGUUCGAUCGCCUUGUCGCCUUACUUCCCAGGUUCGCG